AUGAUGAACAGCGGUCGCGCGCGUGUCCCGAAGUGUGCACGUUGCAGAAACCACGGUCUGAUCUCAAGUCUGAGAGGGCAUAAAAAGGCCUGUGCCUACCGCCACUGCCAGUGCCCUAAGUGCGGUCUCAUCAAGGAACGCCAGCGGAUCAUGGCGGCUCAGGUAGCUUUAAAACGCCAGCAAGCGGCUGAGGAUAAAAUAGCAUUACACCUAGCGUCUGUGGAGAGCGGCACUGCCUUAGAAGCAUUGCCACCAGGCCGUAUCUACGGUAUGAGAGUAACCCAGCCUUGCCCUAGUCCCGGACCCGAGCCGGAUUCCGCUCAUGAUGAUCCGACUCCAAUUCACAUAGACAGCGAGACCAGCGAUUCUCUCCCCGACUGUUGUGCUUCUCCAGACUCUGCCGGCAACACCGUUUCACGGCCACGGACGGCCGACGAAAGUGAUGGAGCUGUGAGCACGGCUGGAUUAGAAAUGUUGAAGAAGUUAUUCCCCGGCAAGAAGCGUUCUGUACUCGAAUUGGUAUUGCGACGCUGCAACCACGACCUGCUGCGAGCUGUCGAGCAUUUCAAUGCCACACACGGCCAACCGGAUAAAGUACCACCAAUGCCCAGCACAAGUACAUACGAAACUUCGGUGUCUAGUUCUGAAGAAACCGAAACGCGAUGGUCUGCCUUUCGACCUGUGGGUCCUCGCGCUCCGCUGUUACCCGCUCUAGUUAUGGGAAGGGUCUGUGGCUCUGAUUGGCUGGUGCCAUUGCCAGCUCUUCCAGCACUAUCGGCGCCUUUGCUGUUGCCCUUUCAGCAUCCCCCUCCCGCAUCCUGCAACCCUUGUUCGCCUGACUGCCGACAGUGCAAUCAUCGCUGAGAAAUUUCGUGUUAAUUACACUUUUUCCAUAUUUUACUCUCAUAUUGUUACGCCAAUUUAUUAAUUUGCGGAUGUAUG